AACAUAGGUCAACUCGCUCCUUUGCCUUUUCGCUUCAAGACACGUGUAAAAUAGAAGCUCAAGUUUUAGUAAAAAGUCACUUUAUUUUGAACGAAAUAAACUACAUUUCCACUGCAAAGAGAACAGAACACAAGAUAAAACAAGAAGCAAGCCAUGGGUGAUAGAAGCAGCGAUUCUGAGACCGAAGAGCCGACUAUAUCUGAAGAUGUUGUUGUCACUAAAUAUAAAAUGGCGGGCGACAUGGCGAACCGUAAGUUUGUGGUUUUGUUUGUUUAUUCUGAAGCGUAUGUUGACGUGAACAUGAAGGGAGAAAGAGUAGGAUUUUAGGAAAGUAUAUUAAGUUUGUAGUAAUGUAUUGGAACGAGGUAUUCAUUGAAUAUAUUUGAUAUAAAGAAACAUUUUGUCUUUAAUGUACUCUGCAAAAAUCGGCAGGUGGGCAGGUUAAUUAAGCUGCAGAUCUGGGGAGCUGUUGUUACUCGUCAGCUUUAAAAUAUAAGCCAAGCGGUCAAACUACCCUGUCAUGACGAAACACCUUUGAUCAAUUCUCUUCUUCUAACUUUCAGUUUGACAAGGAAUCAGCAAUUGAGUGUUUCCUAUAAUUAAGAGUCGUGUACAAAUAUUUGUACUAGAAAAGUACAUGUACAUAAAUAACAGGUUCCUAAUAGAAUUUGGAGUACACAAAGCUUUUUGAAAGAAAUAGGCCACUCCAAAUUAGACUUAGUUUCCCGUCCUCCGCCUGCAUCUACUAGAACUGGCUGCACAAAUGGCCCCCAUUAUUGCUAACUCAGGAUGCGAUACUUUGCAUACUUACCAUGGAUAAUAAAAUAAAUGGAUAGGACUCUAGCUGACAUAAGCAAAAACAACCUAGUUGCAAUCUGUGACGUCACACGUAUUGCAAAGUUCUCGGCCUAUUUGUUGUUUCGCUAUACUUUCCGCUUUAAAAGAGUAAUAUUGAAGCAUAUACUGGUCUAAUUGUUUUAAAAACAUGCCUAAGCCACGACACAGUAUUCAAGGUAAAUGUUUUUCGUCUUUGUUUUGUAUUUUUUUACAUUUGUAGCUACGAAAUUGGCGUCCCCAUUUUUAACGAAAUUUGGGAUGCCUUUUUCACUGUGUAGUGCUUGAAAUAUUUGCUAAAAUUGACUGGGAAUACUCAGCGAUUUCAUCGUAGAAUGGUGUAGUUAUAUUCAUUUGCUCUUUGACUAAAAUGUUUAGUUGUAUUAUUGCUAAACAUGCCGUUUUUGAGACUUGGUUUGCAACUAGGUUUCAACAUCCAAUCACGCCAUCAGCCCAUUAAAAACAUUAGAUCACGUCAGCUAGUUUCCUAUCCAUUUAUUUUAUUAUCCAUGAUACUUACGUACAAGAGGUAUGCCAAUAUUACAAUCUGGUGCUUCUUUGUUUCCAGCCAUGUACCAUGUAGGUAUGUGCCCACCCAGGGUCUGACAUUGCCUUCCCUUUAAGAAUAUCAUGUAAAAUUUAUGUUUUAAAAGCAUGAGACGUUUCCCUUGCCAUUCUCUGGUAAGAAGGAAGUCAUUUCCAAGGAAAUAAUUUCCGGUCAGGGUCUUAGCUAGGAUUUUAGAUCUUGGGCGUGUUUCUAAUGACCAGGGUGUGCACAUGUCAAUUACCUUGAAUAGCCAAAUUCACGGUUCUAGUUAUGGCUUGCCAACAACAGACAAUGCCUGUGGUUGUUCGAUGCUUUGCAACCAAAUACAAGGCAAGCAUAUGCCCAUAUUGGCCACUGACAUUAGAAUAUUAAGUUAUUUCAGCAACUCUUGGGGGUAUUUAAAACCAUUUUAACACCAUACAGUUCCCAUUAUCCAUUAAAACAUCACGGAUCACUUUUACCAAUUUCAACAACAACAGUAGAUUUUACAAACUUUCUUACAACGUUGAUACAAGAAAUUCUGUCUGUUGUAAGUACUGUAGCACCACCUUAUUUUAUGAACCUACAUGACCUUAUCUAAAUAAUGAAGCUGUUCUCAUUUUAUCUAGCCGUGUUUUUCCACUUUUGGCCAUGAUAACACAGCCCUCUAGCUAAGACCCUGUUUCCGGUGAUUGUCUGCAUUAUAGGUGGCAAAAUUUGUGUUGAAAAUUUCAAGCCCUGUGAUAGCCUUCUCAGACAUCUUUAGGGAAGUGGGUGGCUCAGAACCCACAACCCCCUAGAGAUGCUUGCAGAGGAGGCUAAACUUGCUAUAUGAAAACGUAUCAUAGAAAAUUUGAUCCUGAGUUGGCAACAGUUUUGUCUUGUUGAUUUGGUCACAAGACAUGCAUACCCGCCUGAUCUGCAUAUUUCUAGUGUUCAUCAAAGUAUUGUACAAUCUGUAGGUGUUCUUGCACAAGUAGUACAAGCCACCGUGGCGAAUGUGACAGCCCGAACGUUAUGUGCGAUGGGGGAUUCGUUGAUUGUUGAAGAAACUAGUAAAGUUUACAAAAACAAGAAAGAAAUGAAAAAAGGUACUAAUUUAUCAUAAAGUUGAGCAAUGACUUUGAAGAAUUAUGUAAAAACAGGUAGGGAUGAGCCGAUUAAUCGGUAUCGGCCGAUAUUUGGCGUUUUCAAAAUAAUCGGUAAUCGGCCGAUUAUUUUUUAUAAUCGGCUAUUUGCCGAUAUUCAUUUUUUUUAAGAAAAAUAACUCUAUAAUCUAGUAAUCUACACUCCGUCUUGUUUUUGACACUUUUGUUGUGCGUAUUUAAUCCCAUAUCCAUUAAUUCAUUUGACUCGUACGGUGACCGAUAACUGUCCAAUAUGAGUAAAUAUUUUCCGGAACACACUAAAACUAGUACGUCAAUUUGUGGCGUAUACACAAGUAUUAAAAGUUGUCAAAAAACCGUUGUCCGGCGCUUGUACCCCGGUGCACAGAAAUAUCGGCCAUAGCCGAUUAAUCGGCCGAUUAUUUUUUUUAUAUCGGAUCGGCGAAUCGGCUUUUUUCUGGUGUCGGCUCAUCCCUAAAAACAGGGUCAGGAAAGUUUUGCUAACUUAAAAUGAGGGCAGGUCAGCAAAUUUAAGUGUUUGACAAAAUUCCAUGUAGUAUUCAAAACUCUGAAACCCUAUUGAAAAAUUAUAACCGCAUGUAGAUAAGUUUAUCGAAUCUCAAAGAAUAUGCCCACAAAGUUGUUUAUUUAAUCAAACCAAUUGCAAUUAAAGAUAAAAAUAGUGAGUAAUUUAUAAGAUUAUGUUUUACAGGUAGUGUUUCCACUAUUCCAAAUCCCAGUUUCCUGCAAAUUGAAUUAUUUCAUGUCUGAAUUUCAGGGAUUGCAUUUCCAACAUGUGUCUCAGUGAACAAUUGUGUUUGUCAUUUUACACCAUUGACGAGUGAUCCAGACAUAGAGAUUAAGAAUGGUGAUAUGGUUAAAAUGUAGGUUCAUAAUUUUCUAUUUGACUUUCUUUGUAAAUUAGGUAAAAUUUUAAUUUAUUAGCAUCUUAGGCGUAAAAAAAAAUACCUAUGGUUCCGGUUCCCGACCGACCCUAUUUUUUUCUGCCGACCCUAUUAUUUUUUCAACAUGAUUGACUGUGCGACCCUAUUUUCUCCAGGUGGUUGCGGGCUGCUCAUACAGCGUGCCAAAAUGGUGUUUGUUGUCACACUAAUUAUUAAACCAAAUUGCCUAAAUUCGUCCAUAGGGAAUACACAUCUCUAGUUAACAUUGGUGUUGGGUCUCUACUGCAAAUUGCCCAGCAAAAAACUGCCAAAACCAUGAAAAAAAUAUUUAAAAAAAAAUUAAUUUCCGACCUACCGACCAUAAUUUUUUCACAAUAUGAAACCGGAACCACAGGUAUUUUUUUUACGCCUUAUUUACUCAUGUUUAAAUCGAGGGAUCAACAGUCGCAGAUAAAGAUUGUAUUCUAAUAUGAAACUUUCAGGGUGUUAGCUACAGUAAAAAAUUUGGCGCUGUAUGCCAUUUUUGACUCACGGAUGUUGCGAAGCAACAUCUGUGAGUCUUUGUGGUUUACUUGAGUGGGGCAGUUAAACAAUGGGAAAUGACCAGCCUGCUUUGCGCGCAGUGUUUGCCUGCGAACGGGUCUUUUGGAACCGGAAAUUGGGCUGCAGCACGCUUCACGUUCUUUUCAACUUUUGACUUUUUGACAAGCGUGUGCUAAAUUAAAAGGUGAGUGUUAGUUGACUUAAUUGUUAUCUGUUUUUCUACUUCACCCAACAGAUCUGCUGUUAACACACUGAUCUACCUUUUAGCUGAAAUAUUAACACUAUUUUGUUCAAUAUAUAUACAAGUGUUCACAUUUUCUGGUGCCUUUCGAGCGCCUCUGUCAGCUGUGUUUCAACACCGUUUCAACACUGUUUCCAUAGUUUCUGUCGAUUGAAAGAGUUUUUUGUUUACCAAAUUUAAUCAUGUUAUUUAAAUUAAAUAAUUCAUGUUUUAGCUGUCACGGAAUACAAAGGACAUAUUUGUCUUAUUCGAAGCAACACGACACAAAAUCUUUGUAUUAAAGUCACGUUGCCGACUUGCCGUUGUAUAUUUCACAUGACUGCGCUUGCACUGUAGCCUAGUAUCAGCUGGCACGGACGAGUCUCAGCAGUGUAUCGAUAGAUCGCUUCAUUUUUAUCCUCUAUCAGGAGAAUUUCAGCUGUCCUUAUGCUCUUUGAUGAAUGUCCCACUUAUAUUUAGACGCAAUGAAACAACAUCAAAACCACUAGUUAAUCCAACGAAACUCUGUCGGAUUACAGGGGAUGGCAAUUGUUUAUUUAGAGCACUGUCAUAUAUUUUAACCGACAAACAUACCACAUGAUUUUAAGACAAAAAAUAGUGGAUCACAUGAACAGUAUAGAACAUGUCCUUAGACCAUAUAUGAAUAGUUCAGUAGAUCAUCAUUUAGCCACAAGCAACAUGAGGAACAGUGGUGUGUGGGGGACUGAUAUUGAAAUUUUUGCAGCCAUUCCCUUUUCAAUGUAGACAUUUAUGUUUAUUCACAGUUUGGUAACAAUUAUAAAUGGUCUAAAAAGAAAAAGAAUAUUGGACACUGAGGCAGCAUUACCACCUGGAUUUACUUACACUGUACUGCCAUUGGACAGCUACCUGUACCGUUGUAUCAAUAAGGGUGCUGUUUUAUAGUUGUUCUGUUUAAAUUUUUCUGUUCAACACUGUACAUCAUACAGCUACGGUCAUUGAUGCAGCAUGUACUGUAUUGGUUACAGCUUUAUACUUAUAGCUAUCAUGUUUAAAUUGUCCUGUUCAACACUCUAGAUCGGACAGCUACGGUCAUUUUAUAUAUUACAUUGGGGACAGCUUUAUACUUAUUAUAGUUAUCAUGUUUAAAUUGUCAGUCUGUUUAACACUGUACAUAUCGGAAAGCCACGGUCAUUGGAUGUACUGAUACUGACUGUAUUAGGUACAGCUUUAUACUUAUAGUUAUUCUGUUGAACACUAUACACACCUGACAGCUACGGUUAUUGUACUUUUAUAUAGAUUUGCUUUGAUAGUGUGUAGUUUUAUAAUAAUCUAUUCAGAUUGUUUUUUCAAGACUGUUGAUAUUGGUUAGGGACCGGUCAUUAUUUAUGGAAGGGGGGAGGGGAAUUUUUUCUUUUCUAAAUUUUUAAAAUUGAAAGCCCCCCCCCUAAAUGGCAGAAAUUUAAUGAUGGCCCCCCCUGCAUAUUAGAAUAUUUUUCUUUGACCCCCCCCCAUUUUCAUUUUUACUCGUCAAAUGGGGAUACCCAGGCGUUAUAGUAUUAAUUAUUAAAUAAGAAUAUGGAACUGGCAAGAUAUUAACGUCGACCAAAAAUAUAUAUUUAUUAGCAGAAAAUUGUAAUUAAAAGAGGAGUAUUUUUAUAUAUAACACUAAAAUCAGGUUUCCAUUUGGUCUGGGCGAUCGUAACCAUGUUUAAGGCUGCAACUAGACUUGAUGGUACGAAGUAUUGCCAUAGCAGCUGCGCGGCAACAAUGAGAGCAACAAUCAGUAAAAUUAGCAGCAAAAGGAGAUAGCAAUGACAAUUCUGCCAAGGCAUACCUGCGACAGUGUAUAGUGGUCUAUACAUCCUAUUUUAUGUGAGAUUAAAAAUUAUAUAAAAAUGACAUAUACUAGCUACCAGAUAAAAUCUUUUAGAAUGAACAUGGGUGGGUGGGUCGGGAAAAGGUAUCGAAGCGCAAAACUUGCUGCAGCUAGGCAAAGCAUACAAUGGUAGAAUGAAUACCCAGACCGAAGCACUGAUCACAAGGCAUGAAACAACCCCCUUUGAUCGAUAUGACGUCACAGAUUCCCCGCAGCGGAUGUGGCCUGCAUAAUACAAACGCCGUUAACCUUGCUUAAUUUAAAUGUAUUUAACCACAUCAAGAGCUGAUGUAAUAAUACAUUGUCAAUUUAACUAGUCUGCAAUCCGUAAAGACUGAUUUGCAUACAGCACACACAAGACAAGAUGAAUCCAGACUAUUUCACAUCAGUGACCAUGAUUUAGUUGCAACAUUUACAACCAAAUGGAUACCAGGUUAUUAAGCAAAUUCCUUCAAGUUUAAUUGCAACACCCCCUGUCAUUUUCUUGAAAAAAUUUAAUAGCCCCCCUUCUAGUCAUUUCUACAUAUGCCCCCCUUAUUUUUUUCCUCCCCUCCCCCCUUCCAUAAUUAAUGACCGGUCCCUUAUUGUUAAAAUCGAGGAUGUCGUUAAAAUUAAACUGUUUAAACCUGUAAGAUCUUCGGGAACAUUUUAUAUUAUGUUGUGUUUUACCAAAUAAUGUCCUUGCCCUUGCACGGUUCCCAUUUGUAAAAAACUGCUGUAAAUCAUAUCCCUCUUUAAUUAAUUUGAUCUCAUCCGUGAGUCGGCCUCGAAGGCCUUUGAUCACAAUUAUGUUUAACCACUUUCAGUGUCAGGUGUCUUCAAAAGUUUCAAUUUAUCUCAGCUGGUGCUAUGGGCCACAAGAACAUCACUUAAGAAACAUGAUAUUCCUUUACUCCAGUCUAUUCCUUAACUCCAGUCGAUUUGUUUCCAUUAAUUGCAAGAGUUAACACACACAUACUUGCUGUGAGUGUUUUCAUACAUACAAUCACAAUGCUCGACAGUUGACUUUAAUUUAACCUGCCCCAGUGCGCCCUACUUAUUUUUUUACUUGUCUAAUGCCAGAUGAUUUUACUUAUCAGUGGUGAAGCUCUGCAGCUUAUGGAUUACCCAAAAAACCUGACAGUGUGCCCCACUUAUUUUUUACUUGUCUAACGCCAGAUGAUUUUACUCGUCAAUGGGGAAGCUUUGCAGCUUAAGAGUUUUGAAUGAUCAACUGAACAAAUGAAGGAAUAAAUAUAUGACUGGCUGCUUGGCUAAUUCAUACUGUAUGUCUGUGAACUAAACAUAAGAUUGUUUGUUUAGAGAUUUAGGUAUUCAUAUUGAUGGCUAUGUAGCAGUUAUUGGACAUACAAUAGUCGUUGGGGCAAGCAAGGUAUUGCUGAGUACAUUGGCCGCAACUAGAUUGAAUAAUUGAUUGGGUGGAUAAUUACAGUACAAUAGUUUAGUUCUUUAAAUUCACUGUUUUGUAUUAUUUAGGAGAAUAAAGUAACAGGUCGACAAGCAGAUGUUUUAUUAGCAGCAUAUCUUACAUCAGAACUUGUGCACAGAACUGUCAAACCUGCUGAGGAGGUAUGUAGAAAUUUUUGUACAUGGAUAUUUUGAGGGAAAACUAUGAACAUAUUUUGGACUAUAGGGAUAUGCCGGUAAAAAAAAAUAGACAUCCAGCUCUAUCCAGUAUUAAAAUACUACUGUAGAUCCAAUACCAUUUGGUAUCUGUCAAGGCCCCUACAGUAACUGGAGAAAAUGCAAAAUUUGGCCCUCUGGCAGGAAUUGCAAACCUGAGCCACUGUGAUUCCAAUACAAUGCUCUGAGUACUGAACUACAUACAGUGCAGUUUCAGCCAAGCAUUACAGUCAAUUUGACAUGACUUUUGCCUAAAUGUUCCGGACUUCAUUCAUGUGUACUAAGGUGAUGCCAGUGUAAGAUAUACGGGUAAAUAUUCAGGAUUUUUGUCCUCUUGCAACUAUAUCUUAGACUAUGUUUACACUAGAGCAAAGGUUCCCGGAUUUGUAAAAGUAUCCGGAUUCCUUGUUUUUCAAGUAUCUGUGAGGCGUUUGCAAUACACACUACACAGCUAGCCCAACACAGAGAUGGUCAAUAUAAAGUAAAUAAUUUAAUUUAACCUCUUAACCCCUGAUCGAUACCCUCUUAAUUAACCCCUGAUUUUAACCCUUGUUUCAACCUCGUUUGGAUUUAAUAGCAAUAAAUUUGAAAAACGUACACUGGAACAAAUUGAUUCAGAUUCUUGAUGGAAUGCCAUUUACACGAGAGUUUUCUCCAGAUUGAAAUGUUUCUGGAUACGUAUAUCCCACAAACUUUUCCGGAUUCAAACGAAAAACUCUGCUUCUUCGUAAGCCGAGAAGAUUUACUAUUGUAUUGACGGAUUCGUCACUGCAUGCGUGUGUAAAUGGCAACACGAAUCAGGUGCUAAAACGUUCUGGUUCCGUGAUGAAUCUGAAAACUUUCGCUCUAGUGUAAAUGGGGUCUUACUCAAUAGAACUGAGUCAUUUCAUAGGUGGUGCUUAUAUCAUUGAAUUGUCUUUAUUUUUUGCGUCUUUUUAACUAGAACUAUACAAUAACUGACUAUAUACAGAAACUGACUGAAGAUUUCAACUGUAAGCCUAUAGAAGGUUAGCAAUCUACUUUUAUGUCAUAUAUAAGUAAUGACUGUUUUUAAAUGACUGCUUACUGAUGUACUGUACCAAAACUUUCAGUAAUCUGCAUUGAAUCCAAUGGGUCAUUCCAGAGGAAAUUGAAAAUGUCCUAGUAGUUCUCAUUGUUAUCAGAAGAAGAUUUCCCCCCAAUAAUCAUACACUCUUACUGAUAUACCAAAACUUCCGAUACUCUGAAAUUUUCUGAUAUACUCAAGUUUUGAUAUGCAGAAAUUAUCAAUUUUGUUGUAUUGCACUUCAACGAAGAAGUAGGUCUGUCUACCUAAAAUUCCUUCGAAAAUUGUUGCAGGAGUGUUUCCAUUUUUAAAAAUCGAAAUCUCCAUUAAGAAGUUUUUUUCGCGUAUGAACAAGGUCCGGGAAUUGGUAUACUCAGUCUGAUAAUAUUGGUAUAAUUUUUGCAAUAUACUGAUAACGGAAAUGCCUUGUACAAAACAUCCCUGUUUUAAAUAUUGGUUUACUGCAGUUUAGAGAAUAUUGUUUAUUUUGAAUCUUAGGAAUGCUAUCCCACCAGUUAAAACGAAAUGUGAUCGAUGGUGAAAAAUCUAUAAUUCAAAAUCCAAAUGAGGGUCAAAAGUAAGAGUGGACAUAACAUAUUUAUAUAUUUGUUUUUUUGUCAGUAUAUUUAACCCAUUAAGAUUAAUGCAAUAAACAUUCCCUUUUACAAGUAAAAUUAUAUGGCAUUUAACAGAAUAAAAUAGCAAAGGGCACCAUCUUUUAUAAUACGACUUGUUAAUCAAUCAAAAAUGGAAGUUGCGCAAGUCGUUAUAGAUCUGCAAACUAGUUGUAACAAGGUUGUUGUCAAGCCGUUAUCAGGAUGUGUUCGCACUGCUUGUUCCCAGAUGUUGUGAUAAGUCUGGAACAUGUUGUGAUCAUCUGGUUACAAAGUUGAUGACGGUAUUACCAGUACAUUUUCUCGCAAACCAAUCAGAUGUCACCAUUUUCAAAUCGUUGAUUUCACGACGUUGUAUAGUCACAUUCCUGAAUGUUUUGACACGAAAACGUGACAUACGUUUGUAUCCAGAGGUUUUGUUUUAUCUGCAGUUUUGGUAAUUUCAGACAUGCUACAGGUUGUUCCAACAAGACUACUACAGUACUACUACAGGCUGUUCGUAACAAAUUGCUACGAGCUUAAUGGACGACUUGCGCUUUAGACUAAAUUUCAAUCUAAAUAAGAACAACGAAAUCUAUCACCACAGCUGGAAAGAGCGUCUUGGAAUUAGUAAUAUUACAAAGUUUGGUUGCGAAAUGUUGUAAAAUACGGAAAAUAUAGCCCUUCAAAGUUGGCAAAUUUGUAUACUUUUGUAUUACGUGCGUGAAUUGGUAACUAAAUUAGUUACCAAUUUCCGCACGUAAUAGAAAUGUAUACAAAUUUGCCAACUUCGCAGGGCUAUAUUUUCCGUAUUUUACAACAUUUCGCAACCAAACUUUGCAGUUUUUCUAAUUUUGAUAACUUCUUUCCGAAAAUAUCCUUUGUUAUUCCCGGAUUAAAAAAUUUUCUAAAGCGCAAGUCGUCCAUUGUUGUCAUCAACUUGUUACGUGCAGAUGAUAUCAGACUUAUUGGAACAACUUGUCGCGAGUCUGUUGGCCUUGUUUGUUGUUGAUGAUAACAAUUAAUUUGUUCCAGACUUAUCAGCAACUGGGAACAAGCAGUGCGAACACAUCGAUCUUGUUGUGCAAAGCACAUAGAUUCUCUCGUGGCCGAGUUUAUAUCCGGGCAAAGUGUUUACAUGGUAAUAUAUUCAUCCCGCCUCUUUCUGCCGGGAACUCGUCAAGGCGAGUUAUACUCGGCUGCAUCAUGUAAACUACGCGGGGGAAAUUGACAGCCCAAUACCCUUUGGCGCUGUCAAUGUCCCGUUUGUAAUAGAAAAUGACUGAAAAACGGCAAACUUCGCAAGGCUAUAUCAUCCGCAUUUUACAACAUUUCACAACGAAACUUUGGAAUAUUCUAAUUUUGUGUGGUGCUCUUUCAAGCUGUGAUGAAAUUUUUGUCUAGACUUGUUGAGAUCAAAAUUUAGUCUAUAAUGCAAAUGGUCCAUUAAUGUGUCGUGUUUUUAAUUGACAGAAAAGAACAUGAAAAAUGUGAGUUUGACGUUCAUGAAGUAUAUGCUAUCGAUGUUCUUGUCAGUACUGCGGACGGCAAGGCUAAGGAGAAAGAUUCGAGAACUACUGUUUAUAAACGAACACCAAAUAUGUACAGUUUAAAAAUGAAAACAUCUAGAGGUACAGUGCAAGUUAAUUAUUAAUGGUAUUCUUCAUUUAGAACUAUACUAUCCUGAUAUCAGUAGAGUUAUAGCAGAAACGGGAUAAGGGUUGGGGUUAGGAUUAGGAUUGUAUUAAAAUCGAGGUCGCUAAUGUGGAAAUCGUAGGGCGAACUAAAAAUAUGUCAAAUUCUCUGGGAGUAUAUAUUUAGUCAUUAUAAUGAGAGCGCAAUGGAAUAACAAUGCGACGAUCCGCAUGUUUUAUGGUAAGUAACAGACUAGGGUUGCUGAAUGGACCAAAUAUGAAACGUGUAGUAGUUUAAUCUCCAAAAUUUUCUGUGAGAUAACAAAUUGGCCAAAAUUCUCUAGAAACCUAGUUCCCCAGUUCCACCACAUUUUCGCCCUUUGAUGGAAAUUGACCUGAUAUUUUGAAAUACAGAACUUCUGUAUAUUGUAGUCUGUUGUUAUAAUAAUACGAUAUUCUCUGCUGAUUAACUUCACUGGGUGAAGAACCUGUCCUAUCAAAGCCAAAGUUUAAUUCAGUUUUAAUGUGAUAAUUUGUUGAUCUUUUGAGGCCCGUAAAACAUAUAUGAGAUGGUUCCAACAUUUCACUACGUUUUUUUUCAAUUUUUCUAGUGUUUUUCAGUGAAGUUUGCAAUAAAUUCACAAUGAUGCCUUUUACUCUAAGGUUGGUGAAAAAUAGUGUAACUUUUAACCUCUGUAAUGAUAACAAGUUACUUGUUUCAUUUGUGAAAGUUGCAGCAGCAACAACAACAACAACAGCAGCAGCAGCAGCAACAACAACAACAACAACAACAACAACAACAACAACAACAACAACAACAACAACAACACAAUCUUUACUUGCUCUCAAAUAUGCUCAAUAAAUAUAAACUAUUUUCCAGGGCAUUUGAAGAUGAAAAGCAAGCCAAGUUAGGAGUAGUAGAAUGUGUGAAACAUGGUCUACUUGAGCCAUAUAAUGUUCUUUGGGAAAAAGAAGGUAUUGCCAAUGCGCAGCUCUUUGUAUAUUUUGUGCACACUUUACUUAUAUGGUCACAGAACACAACUGAACAAAUUCUUUAUUUGUUUGUUACAUUUGUAUUUUCUUAUAGGAGAAUUUGUAGCACAGUUUAAGUUCACUUUACUCCUAAUGCCAAAUGGCCCUAUCAGGUACUGAUGAUAUAUUGUGCACAUAUAUGUCAAACAUUUUUUUGGCAAGCACGGGGAAAUUUGACAGUACUUUUUCCCGAUAAUUUGAUUUGCAGAAUAACUCAAGGACCUGCUUUUGAUAUGGACAUCGUUGAGAGCGAAAACUCGAUUCAAGAUGAAAACAUCAAGGUACAUUGAUAAAAUAUGCCUUAAUUUGCGAGCUUCCGUGAGACCAGAGUGCAUUUAUAAUGGUCGCCGAAAGGUUUCUCUUGUAGAGUUAGUCAAUCAAACAUUUUUGUUUGGCUCAUGAUAUGUGGGCAUGGUACCAAAGUAAUUGUUUCACAUGCAAAAUAUUUUGUUUUUGGCCUCAAAAGUACACUUUAUACUGUACAAGGCAGUACAAGGCCCUCAAAUGUUAUGAGCCAAACGAAAAGUUUACCACUGAAUUAAAUACAUGUAAUUACUUUUAUGUAAUAUUUCAUAUCCGACUAUGAGGACUGGACUAGAUUUCAAGUUCGCGCAAUUUGAUCGAGUCUGAGGCGAAGGCUAUAUAUUGUUACCCAGUUUCACUGGGUAACAAUAUACAGUAGGCAUGCAUGCUCAAUCAAAAACAAUUUGGUUGUUUGAAAUUUUUAUCUGUAAAGCACAAUUAGAAAAUUAAAAAGCAAAAAAUUUAUCUGUUUGCAAACAAAAAUUUCCCGCCAGAUAAACGACAUCCGGGACACCGGUCCAGAUACGGAAAAUACGGACCACGGUCCGGAUAUGGGUUUUUACGGACCGCUUGUCAACCAAUCAGAAUGGAGAAUUUUGAAAAGCCAUAUAAUAAUUCUCCAUAUCAUACAAAACCUCAAUAAUAGUUUAUUAUCAUGUGGUCAAAAUAAAGCAAUAUGGUUGGUUAAUUUACUCAGGAAUUAUUAAUAAGUUUGAGAUUAAUUUAGAAUAAUUGAUUAUGAAACUACUGUGGUAGAGAGUUAACAUUCGUUCUAAUCUGCAGGCAAUCGUUCUAAUCACCUAUAAUAAUUGAUUUAUCAGAUAGCUAACAUUAUGUAUUACUUUUAUAGUCGAUACUUGCGAGUUCUGUGAGUAGGAAAGCACAAAAGAAGAAAAAGAAAAAGGUACUAUAUCUUACUUUGCUUUAGAAAAAAAUUAUACAUGCACAUCUAGUCUAGCCUAAUUUUUUCCGUUGACGUUUUUUUUUUCAAAAAAUCAGUCGAAUUGUGGGAAUGAGUAUAAUAAUUGCAAAUAGACCUUAUGCAUAAUGACGUCACAAGGCUUGAUGCCCGCGAGGAAUGCUGGUCUUAGUAAUCAUCGCCCGGGAAAAUUAAACAAUUCAAAAUGGCCACUAUCGAAAUUUUCCCGGGCGACGACUACUAGGACCAGCAUUCCUCGCGGGCAUCAGGCCUUAUGACGUCAUUAUGCAUAAAGUCUAUUGCUCUUUUCAGUUUGGAAAAUAACAGGAUUGCUGUUACAUGUAAAACUAGUUUCACAUGUAACAUGACUCUGUAGAGUUCAACGAAAAAUUCGUUGUCUCGAGCGGGGGAUUCGAACGCGCAUCUUCGAGUUUCUAGACUGCCGGUCUACCCAUUGAGUCAUCGAGUUAGCUAUACGAAAAGCAGAAAAUGUAUGGUCAAGCAGAUUUUCUUAGGGUGACGCUGGACUUCCCCGGUGGGGGGGCUGAACACCACUAGCUGGGGUGCCUGUGGAUAUUUCAAACUUUUCCUCACACCAACAAAGAGUCUUGCCCUUCAUCUCUCUGGUGCUUGAAAGCUUUCUCUGCUCCGCUGUGGCGACACUAGAUUUUAAGAGUUUCUGUAUCAUGUCUUUUCAAGGCAACGGGGAAAGCAGCGGAAAGCACAAAGGAGGAGCAAGGAACAUCUUAGUUUUGGUGGUGGAUAUGAACUAGGGUUUCUCUUUGUAGUGCAAAUAGUAUUAAAUAAAGUGUACAUAAAAAUGUAAAAUUCUCUGUGGGUCUGUGUGCCAAAAUCCUACAACAUUCUUCUCGAAUGUGUUGCUUGCUUGCAAGGGCAGGCGCGUAGGAUGCGAAUACGUCGG